AUCCCGUUAAACGCUACAAGAAAAUGCUCGCUGAAAUCUUCCCUCGUAAUCAGGAAGCUGAGCCCAAUGAUAGAAAAAUUGGCAAGCUUUGUGAGUAUGCGUCUAGGAAUCCUCUACGAAUUCCAAAGAUUACAGAGUACCUUGAGCAAAAAUGAGCAGAUGCCUCUAUUUUCGUGUAGUUUGCUAAGCAUUGUCCGAACUCUUUUGGAGCAAACAAGAGAGGAAGAAGUUCAGAUCUUGGGUUGCAAUACUCUUGUUGACUUUAUAAGUUUACAGACUGUGAAUUCGCACAUGUUCAACUUAGAAGGUCUAAUCCCUAAACUUUGUCAACUUGCUCAAGAAAUGGGGGAUGAUGAAAGAUCACUCCGAUUACGCUCAGCAGGAAUGCAGGCUUUGGCAUUCAUGGUAUCUUUCAUUGGUGAGCAUUCCCAACUAUCAAUGGAUUUGGAUAUGAUUAUUUCUGUGAUUCUGGAGAAUUAUAUGGAUUUGGAGAAGGGCCAAGAAGAUACCAAAGACGUUGAUCAAAAUUCAGAAACGAAGAUUCCCAACAUGACCAAAAAGGUUUCUUUCAAACCUAAUCCGGUGACUGACUAUAAGUUGGAAAACAUGGAUAUUUCGAAGAGCCCCUCAUACUGGUCUAUGGUUUGCCUUUGCAAUAUAGCCAAAUUAGCAAAGGAAACUACAACUGUUCGUCGGGUUUUGGAACCGCUUCUGACUGCUUUUGACAGUGGAGAUUACUGGUCUCCCCAGAAGGGCGUUGCCUCUUCUGUUUUAUUGUUUCUGCAGUCUCGUCUGGAAGAAUCAGGAGAAAAUUGUCAUGUGUUGGUAUCUUCUUUGAUCAAGCACUUGGAUCAUAAGAAUGUUAUGAAGCAACAAGUUCUUCAAGUUAACAUGGUCAAUGUAGCCACAUGCCUUGUGCUACAUGCUAAGCAGCAGGCUUCAGGCGCGAUGACUGCUGUAAUAGCUGACUUGAUUAAGCACUUGCGAAAAUGCCUGCAAAAUGCAGCUGAAUCAGAUGUGUCUGUUCAUGAAACACAGCAGAACUCGGACCUCCAAUAUGCAUUAGAAAAGUGCAUUGCAGAGCUCUCAAAUAAGGUUGGGGAUUCAGGGCCCAUUCUUGAUAUGUUGGCAGUGGUUCUUGAGACAAUAUCCACUAAUGUAGUCCUUUCUAGGACCACAGCAUCAGCCAUUCUCCGAGCUGCACAUAUAGUAUCGGUGGUCCCAAAUGUUUCUUACCACAAGAAAGUAUUUCCGGAUGCCUUGUUUCACCAACUGCUCCUUGCGAUGUCCCAUGCAGAUUGUAAGACUAGAGUCGAGGCACACAAUAUUUUAUCCGUCGUGCUUCUUCGAACUCUUCGUUUGCCUUGGUCAGAUCAACAGAAGGAAACCUCAGAAGUUGUUCCUGGGACAUUAUCAGUUGAUGGAAUUUGUACAGAAAGGAACCAGAGUACUAGUUUACAGGAGGAAGCGAAAGAAAAAGUUGAGAAAUCCUUAAACAGUGAACUGCGUAAAGAUGUAAACCACGUAUCUUAUCCAAGUGUAUCACGACAUACCAGUCAACAGCUUAGUGGUCAGUCCUUGGAUAGUUUAAAGGAUUUAGAUGAUGGUAUAAAGUCGUUAUGUUCACUCCGACUGAGUAGUCACCAAGUGAAUAUGCUUCUUUCAUCCCUAUGGAUCCAAGCAACUUCUACCGACAAUACCCCUGAAAAUUUUGAGGCCAUGGCCAGCACAUAUCAAAUCACUUUACUGUUUUCACUAGCAAAGAGAUCAAAUCACAUGGCUCUGGUGCGGUGUUUUCAGCUGGCAUUCUCUCUUCGAAAUCUCUCAUUGAAUCAAGAUGGAGGUAUGCAGCUCUCUCGUAGAAGAUCUAUCUUCACUUUUGCAUCAUAUAUGCUCAUUUUCGGUGCCAAGAUUUCAAAUAUUCUGGAGCUAGUUCCAAUUGUCAAAGAAUCUUUGACAGCCCAAAUGGUUGAUCCUUAUCUUGUGCUGGAAGGAGAUAUCAGACUGCGUGCUGUAUGUUCUGGAUUUCCACAGGAAGAAGCGUAUGGAUCUGACAAAGAUGAUAGUGCUGCUCUCAAUUCUUCAGUGAUUAUCGCAGAUGAUAGACGUCUGAAGGAGAUCGUAAUUACUCAUUUUACAUCGAAAUUUCAGACAUUAUCCGAGGAGGAGCAAUCAAGUUUGAGACAGGAAAUUCAGUCAGAUUUUUCCCGAGAUGAUACACAUCCGCUUGGUGGACAAUUGUUUACGGAUACACCAGGACCUAGUUCUCCUCUUAAUCAAACAGAACUCCCAGCUUUCGAAGAGGUUGAGCUUUCAGACAUAGUGGCAUUUGAAGGAAUUUCCCCAGGGGCUAGUGGGAGUCAGUCUGGGCACAGAACAUCAUUGUCUACAAACACUAACCCAGUAGAUGUUCUGAGUGUCAACGAGUUGUUAGAAUCGGUAUCAGAAACUGCUCGGCAAGUUGCAAGUCUCCCUGUUUCCUCCAUUCCUGUACCUUAUGACCAAAUGAUGAACCAGUGCGAAGCUCUUGUGACGGGUAAGCAGCAAAAGAUGUCCGUGCUUCGAAGUUUCAAACCCCAAGCAACCAAAGCUAUAACCUUGUCAGAAGACGAUGAAAAGGACGAACAAUAUCUUCUCAAGGAGACAGAAGAAGCUGGUGAAGAUGAUCAGAAGGCAAUAAUUGUGGCUGAUGUUCAACCUCAAGGGCAGCUCGGAUUCUUCUCACAAGAAGUUCCACAAAAUUCAUUUCGGUUACCGCCUUCGAGUCCCUACGACAAAUUCUUGAAAGCAGCCGGAUAGGACGCCAUUCGAGCUUUAUUAGAAAGCUUAGUCGACCCUUUGCUUCCAUUGAAACCUACUGAUGAUGUUCCUUCCAAAUCUGUCCGGGAAUCUGUUGCCAAACAGGUUCAUGCUCUUGUGUUGCUCUACAAUUAUUACCACAGAAAAGACAAUCCUCAUCUGGAAUGUUUGUCCUUUGAGUCUUUCCGUAGCCUAGCUACGGUUAUGAGGCCUGCUCUGCUGCAGCAUUUGAAGGAAUCUGGUGAUUCAGAACAAACCGUAUUGCUGGAGAAGGUUAUUGUGGAUGCAUGUAGCUUGUCCAUGAGCUUAGAUGCGUCUUCGGAUCUUUUUAUCUUGAACAAGUGUCCCAUAAGGAAAAUUGCUGUUCUGCUGGUUGACUCAGAGAAGAAGAAUUGUUAUCUUCAACACAGUUCCAUCACACAAGGUGUCUGGUCACUACUUGAAAAACCCAUAGAAAAAGAGAAAACUGCUAGGGAGAAUCAGAAAGAAGAGGUCGUCUUUCAGAAAGUUGCAUUUGCUGCUAUUAAGGAGGCCACAGGUGUUAAUCACAAGGACAUUGAGAUCUUGGAGAGGCAUUUGGUAUGCUCCUUGAGUGAAGAGAAGACAGCAGUCCGCUUUUACAUAAUGAAGUGCACUUCACAAGAAAAAUUUUCUGGAGAAAAUCCCGUCGAAGAAGUGCUUAGCUGUAUGCAGGGUCCUUUAUUUGAGAAGAGCUUCUCUGACUGGACUAUGAAUUCCAUAGUGGAAUACUUUCAUGUUCUUCCAUAUGCCAGUCUCAUUGAGGAUUGGUUUUCCAGGCGAGGAGAUACUGAAUCUGUGAUAGAGAAAGAACCAGAAGCUGUAUGUGAUGAUAUCGAAAGCAAUGGCAAGGCAGAUGCAACCAAGGAGUCGGAACUUUCCGACAUUUUUAAAAGACAAGAAAAUGCUGCUUUAAAAAGGAGAUAUGAAAUUAAAGCCAAAAAAGUUGCCGCUCUACUUAGCAAUCCUAGAGCUAGAGGAAAAGCUACUCCGAGGUUACAAAAUCGGUACUUAAAAGGAAGUACAAGUGUUGCGAAGGAACCUAAUGUUCACUCGGAGACGGUAUUUGCGUUGAAGGCUAAGAAUGUAGAUAAUGAAAUGAGCCCUUGUAAGGAUAGUUAUUCGAAUGGAGAGAAAGGUGGUUUCGAGGUUGCGUCUGACCCAAAGGAUCUCAAAGAAAGAGGUAUCCAGAGGAAGAAAGCUGUUCCUGACAGACUUAAUAGCAUUCUUAAGCUUAAUGCAACUCCUGUGUCUGCUCAUAACGCUAAUCUAAACCUUGAGGAGCUACAGACGUCUCUUCUUUCUAAAGCAACAUCUCUAUCCGAAACUGCACUGAAAGUUCUUCAUUGCAAACGAGAUAAACUGACUCGUCAACAGCGGAACAUAGAAGACGAGAUUGCUAAAUGUGAUAAAUGCAUCCAGAACAUCAAAGGUGAUUGGGAGCUGCAAUUAGAAACAGUACUUGAGUGCUGUAACGAAACGUACCCGAGGCGUAUGCUUCAAGAAUCUCUUGACAAGUCAGCAUGCCAAAGCAACAAGAGGCUGAAGCUCUGUGAAACACUUCCUACUACUAAAAGUCUGUGUCAGAAACUCGAUGAUAUCUGUCUCGUGAAUAACUGGGUACUACCAAACUAUCGUGUGUCUCCAUCAGAUGGUGGAUAUGAAGCUGAAGUAACAAUCACGGGGAAUCAUGUCACUUAUACAAUACAUGGAGAGGAAAAGUCUGAUCCUGAGGAAGCUAGGGAAUCUGCGGCAGCUUGCUUGCUAACUAAGUUACAACACAGCACAACAGCCAACUUGUCAUGAUUUAGUGAGAUUCAAGAGCAACUCAGAAACCAAACUAACUUCCAGCAUGAGUAGAAAACAACCCUGAUUUUGAUAUGUAUGGGCAUUUUGGAGAAAUGUAUAAAACAAUAGCAGAUUU